AUGUCCCGGCCAUACCAGUUCACACCGGACCAGGCGAGAUCGCCAUUAGACCGACAGCCACCGAACCCGUUCCCAGCUGGACAGCCGCCCUCAUUCAAGACGAACGUUAAUCGCGCCAAAACCAAGCGAUGGGUCGAGGCCAAGUCAUACUCGUACGACGGCGAUGACUGGGGUGAUGCCGACGAGUACGAUGAAUACGGAGGGUACGACGGGCCGUCCGUCCAGCAGCCAACAGGCCUAAGGCAGCCAGGUCAGGGCGUUGGAAGCGUGAAUGAAGGCGAACGCAACUACAUGGACCCUGCUUCCUCCGCUUCAGUUGGGCACCAUCGCACAACGUCAUACGACAGAGGCGAUGAGUACCGCGAUUUCUCAUCUGGCUCACAUAUGUCUCCUUCCGGACAAUCGCAGAUCAACAACAUGGAUGGAUCGUCAAACACCCGCUUCAACCCUACGAUGACAAGUCCUGGCGGGAUGGCCCCCGUCGCCGGCGUACCGCCCAAUCAGCAGUACUAUGCAGCAGGGCCUCCACUGCACGUACAGACCAACGCGCCGACUUACCACCAGCCACAAGGCGGUUACGGGGACCUUUCCUCCGGCGCUCGACAGUCGAGCGCAACGAGUUGGGGCCAGUCUCCUCUCGCCGAGUCUACAUCGAACUUGGACCCUCAGCAGCGACGAGACUUCACCCCGUCUGCAAUGCCCCAGCCCUUACACACACAUGCUCCACAAGGUUUGCCAAGCGCUGGCUCCUCCACCGGCGGGUCGUUCCCACCUCGGAAGGGCAGCCUAAGCCAGUCAUCACCCACAAGCCCGUUCGCCUCAGCAUCGGCUGGAGCGCCACCUUCAGAGCCCACGUCAGCCACCACAGGAGAACGCAGGCCGAGCAACCCAGCCAAAGCGUUACCUUUCAUCCGUCCUGCCGACAUCUACAAGCGCAUCGAGGAGGAACGACAAAGGGAGCGCCAGUCAAUGGACUCGUCAAGGCCGAGUAUGGAUUCUCUGACGCGCCCGACGGAAGAGGUUGGGGCUUCUGCCACUUCACCCAGGCAGAGAGUUAGCUCGGAUAGCUUGGGACCGUCUGGUGGUGGAAGAUCUAGUUCUGACUCCACGCGUGAGGGCGCUGAUUCCAGUCGGCUGCAGAAACCAGCUUUGGAAACCGUACCGGAGAAGAAGAGCGAGUACAACCUUCCCGGGUUUUCUGUCGCCAACCCGAUUUUGGCAAAAAUAUUGGGAGCGAAGCACGUCGAUUCUCCGUCUUCACCAACCCGAUCUGCUGAACCAAGCAGCGAGGAACCCCCCAUGCAGUCUGCAGCUAUUCCCGCUUCGCAGCCUGCGAGUGGAAUACCGACGUUCCCUGAAGAUCAUAGGCCUCCCUGGGAAGCGGCUGAGCGACCUGCCGAGGCCGGUGCGCAGCCUGCACAGCCAUCAAGCGUCGAGACCCCCCGUGCUUCUGCCGCCGGAGAACAGCCGAGACUCGACAUUCCUCAGAUGAGCUCUCAGUCAGCGCAGCCAGUGAGCCCUGUGCAGCACCAAUCGCCUUGGGGCUUCCGCUCUGCCGUCAACAGGGCUUUCGAGAGAAACGACGACGUGUCCGUGCCUCCCACGCCGGUAUCAAGCGGCAUAUCACCGCCAGAGUCUGACGUGUCGAGGAGCAAUACAACUAGCACAUCUGGUAUCAGCCCAAUAUUGAGUCGUGCACCGAGUGAAGCUACAGCAGCUAUGAGGGCCGGCGACGCUCCCGCGCCAGCAGUUCAUGAUGGCAGCAAUCAGUUUCAGAUCCCAAGGCAACGACCCGGUUCCACCGACUCGACCGCCACUCUGCAGAAUCUGCAGCAGAUACCACGGAGGACUCCACCUGAGCAUUCGAGGAACGUCUCAAACGAGUCGUAUCGCCGAAAUCUAGGCACUCCAAGCUCUGGAAACAGCCCAGCUCGUUCGCCUGCCAUCAAGGCGCAAACACAGCUCCCUGAACCAGAGGUUGCUCAGCUUGAGACUGUUGGUCCUACCGACUUCACCACUAGGGAAGCAGACAUCGCAGCCGUGGUCAACAACAGUGCAGACAACGAGGCUCCUAUCGCAGCUCAAAUGACAAAAGAUGCCCCUGCCGCUUUCUUGGAACACCGCAAGAACACCAGCGAUGCCGAUCUCAAUCCGGUCCCAAGGUCGGGCUCACCCGUGUCGAGAUCUGGGUCUCCUGGCAAGGGCAGGGUACGAGAUCUAGCGGAGAAGUUUGAUGCAGACUCACGACGUAACUCGACACAUUCUGUCGAAUCAAGGCGCAGCGUUGUUUCCUGGACCGGAAGCACCCCUGCAGGCAGCCGAUCGAACAGUCCGGUUAAGGAGGAAGCAUCCUCAAAGCCACUGCCGUCGGAACGCCCAGCCGCGGACAGAGUAUUGAGCUUCAGGCCCAAGCUUCCCGGCGGAUGGGAGUCGUUCGCUACAACCACCGGAACAAUGACACCUACCGAUGCACCUGAGGACCCGCGGACGCGACAAGAGUCACCCGUGCCAUCCACACUCCGGCAGAGCACUGUUCCAGAUGCACAAACACCAACCAGAGCUCCACCGUUGGAGGAGGAAGACUCAGAGCCUGACUUUACCCCGACAACAAAGAAGCGAUCAGUCGCACCGGCUGGACUGCCCGAUCCUCUAACUGAUCCCCUGGGUGCCGCGGCAUACGCGGGCAGUGCAAUGGCGGAAGCGCUCAAAGCUUCAAUGGGGCUUGGCGAGGAUACUGAAUCUGAGGAGCGCAAGGAAGAGGCGCGACGUCACGAAGAACCGCGCAAGAACCGGUCUGUGGGCGAUGUCUUCCUUCGGCCGCUCGCGCUUGAUAGGAAGGCUUCGUCCAUAGCGUCUUCGAGUGCGCCGCCUACGCCGCCACCCAAGGACGAUUCAGUCUUUGACACCAGGGAGAGGGGGACAUACGGAGGCUUGUCUUCUGCGGCGCCUCUCGACAGGCAAGACGCCGGGUUCUCAGCACAGGAGGCUCCCUCAUUUAGUACCGCUCGUCCUCCUUUGACCUCGGAACUAAGCACGGAUACGUCGAUGGAUGAUCUGGAAAGCGACCGUUUGAGAAAGGAGAUCGAACAGAGCUUAAACGACCCUCGGUCAUCCGUUCCUGGUUAUGCUGAGCCCGAGCCGACGAUGUCAUCUCAUCUAGCACCGGCGACACAAGAACCGGCUAAGAGAGAAAGUUCCAUCCUCCCUAGCGAGUACGAUAGUUACUGGGCGAGCAGAAACUCUUAUGAGCCUGAGCAACCUCGUCUCUCUGCCGAGACGCCAAGGCCGGGAGCCGAACUGCAAUCGGAGCCCCAGAUGCAGCAAGAGACAGGUCGUGCUCCAGAGACAGCGGUUACUGAAGCAGCAUCUGCAAAGACGGCCUUCAACACCAGACCUGAUCUGCUCAACCAGCGCUUCAGCUGGGAGAACAGCCAGACCGAUCUUUCUCGACAGCCAUCAGUGAACGCUCCCGUGUCGGAGCUAUCGACUGAUACAUCCAACGACACUCCCAGGGCUGGCUCGCCACUAUUGCAAGUCAUCGAUGAGGAUCCCAAGUUACAGCAGUUCGACGGAGUGCGGGGAGCGUAUGCAGGCACCGCGGAGACCGGCCCGUCAUACCAACAGCAGUCUGUCCUCGCGAACCCUCAGGCGGCUGAACAGCACCUCUCAAGGGAGCUGCCAGCGGGUGCCGCAGCCACACUCGGCAUGCCGCAGCCGAGCCAAGCAGCCCAUUCAGCCGAAAUGCCAUCUCGCAGAUCCCAAGAGGGCCUCCACGUCGUGAACGCAGAGUCCGGAGAGAUCCCUCAACUGCCCAGCCCAGAGGUGCACAAACCGGCCAGGGAAUCCAUGAUCGGCCCCGCCGAGCUUCCAGCCGAACUCGCCCAGCAGCGCCAAGAGCAGCCCCUACCUCCGCUCCCAGCGCAACAGGUACCGCACUCUCCAACCCAGCAAGACCGCAUCCCGCCCUUCCGCGAGAUCCUCCAGAUCAAGUCCGCGCCCGACCGCAUCGCAACCUACAACCGGACGCGCCAGCAGUUCGCAGAGAUGCACACGGGGCUGACGGAUUGGACUACCGCCAUGCUCGCCGCGCGGCCUGAGUACGCGGAUGUCGCAUCUGCUGCCUCCCAGCGCCGGCCUUCGAUCUCGGCAACCACCCCGGCGGGCUCGAUGAGGCAUAGGCAUCGUGCGCCGUCGCUCUCGCUUCCCACGCUUUCCACGCUUCCCAUAUUCGGUAACAAGAGCAACGCCGGCGCUGCCCCGCAACCGCAGCAGCAACACCAGCCGGUCACCGCUGGCUCGUCUGAUCCGGUGUAUGAGGGCCAGGGAUCGAGUCCUGGCGGCGCGGCGGCUAAUAGGGAGAAGAUGCAGGCGAAGGGGAAAGAGCUUUUCCAUACGGCUGGUGUACUGAGCGGUAAGGCGACCGUGGGGGCGAAAGGGCUGUUUGCGAAGGGGAAGAGUAGGUUUAGGGGCAGUGGGGGUGUUGAGAAGGUAGAAUGA